AUGCAGAGGUCGCCUCUGGAACAGGCCAGCGUCAUCUCCAAACUUUUUUUCAGUUGGACUGGGCCGAUUCUGUGGAAAGGGUACAAACAGCGCCUGGAGUUGUCAGACAUAUAUCAAAUCCCUUCAGCUGAUUCUGCCGACAACCUCUCUGAAAUAUUAGAAAGAGAAUGGGACAGAGAGCUGGCAUCAAAGAAAAAUCCCAAACUCAUUAAUGCCCUCCGGCGAUGCUUUUUUUGGAGAUUUAUGUUCUAUGGAAUCUUAUUAUAUUUAGGGGAGGUCACCAAAGCAGUCCAGCCUCUGUUGCUGGGAAGAAUCAUAGCUUCCUACGAUCCAGAUAAUAAGGUGGAACGCUCCAUCGCCAUUUACCUGGGCAUAGGAUUAUGCCUUCUUUUUAUCCUGAGGAUGCUGCUGCUGCACCCAGCCAUUUUUGGCCUUCAUCACAUUGGAAUGCAAAUGAGGAUAGCUAUGUUUAGUUUGAUUUAUAAGAAGACUUUAAAGCUGUCAAGCCGUGUUCUAGAUAAAAUCAGUAUUGGACAACUUGUUAGUCUCCUUUCCAAUAACCUGAACAAGUUUGAUGAAGGACUCGCACUGGCGCAUUUCGUGUGGAUCGCACCCCUACAAGUGGCGCUCCUGAUGGGGCUGCUUUGGGAUCUGUUACAGGCCUCCGCCUUCUGCGGACUCGCUGUCCUCAUCGUCCUCUCCAUUUUCCAAGCGGGGCUAGGGAGGAUGAUGAUGAAGUACAGAGAUCAGAGAGCUGGGAAAAUCAAUGAAAGACUCGUGAUCACCUCAGAAAUUAUUGAAAAUAUCCAAUCUGUUAAAGCAUACUGCUGGGAGGAAGCAAUGGAAAAAAUGAUUGAAAACCUAAGGCAAACGGAACUGAAACUGACCCGGAAGGCAGCCUACGUGAGAUACUUCAAUAGCUCAGCCUUCUUCUUCUCAGGGUUCUUCGUGGUGUUUCUGUCUGUGCUUCCCCAUGCGUUGAGCAAAGGCGUCAUCCUUCGGAAAAUAUUCACGACCAUCUCAUUCUGCAUCGUUCUGCGCAUGGCGGUCACUCGGCAAUUCCCCUGGGCAGUACAGACAUGGUAUGACUCUCUUGGAGCAAUAAACAAAAUACAGGAUUUCUUACAAAAGCAGGAGUACAAGACAUUGGAAUAUAACUUAACAACUACAGAAGUAGUGAUGGAGAAUGUAACAGCUUUCUGGGAAGAGACUUCACUUCUGAUGAUGAUUAUGGGAGAACUGGAGCCUUCUGAGGGUAAAAUUAGGCACAGUGGAAGAAUUUCAUUCUGCUCUCAGUUUUCAUGGAUCAUGCCAGGCACCAUUAAGGAAAAUAUUAUCUUUGGUGUUUCUUAUGAUGAGUAUAGAUAUAGGAGUGUCAUCAAAGCAUGCCAACUCGAAGAGGACAUCUCCAAGUUUGCAGAGAAAGACAAUAUAGUUCUUGGAGAAGGUGGGAUCACACUGAGUGGAGGGCAGCGAGCAAGAAUUUCCUUGGCAAGAGCAGUGUACAAAGAUGCUGAUUUGUACCUAUUAGACUCUCCUUUCGGGUACCUCGAUGUUUUAACAGAAAAAGAAAUAUUUGAAAGCUGUGUCUGUAAGUUGAUGGCUAACAAGACUAGGAUUUUGGUCACUUCUAAAAUGGAACAUUUAAAGAGAGCCGACAAAAUACUCAUUCUUCACGAAGGCAGCAGCUAUUUUUAUGGGACAUUUUCUGAAUUACAAAACCUACGGCCCGACUUCAAUUCCAAGCUCAUGGGAUACGAUUAUUUUGACCAGUUUAGUGCAGAGAGAAGAAAUUCAAUCCUCACUGAGACUUUACGGCGUUUCUCACUAGAAGGAGAUGCUGCCAUCCCCAGGAAUGAAACAAAAAAGCAGUCUUUUAAGCAGACGGGAGAGUUUGGUGAAAAUAGGAAGAACUCGAUUCUCAAUCCGAUCAACUCCUUGAGGAAGUUUUCGAUGGUGCAGAAGACUCCCUUGCCAAUCAGUGGCAUCGAAGAGGACUCAGAGGAACCUUCUGAGAGAAGGCUGUCCUUGGUUCCAGACUCCGAGCAGGGGGAGGCCAUCCUGCCCCGCAGCAACAUGGUCAACACGGGCCCCACCUUCCAGCGGCGCCGCAGGCAGUCCGUGCUGAACCUGAUGACGCGCUCCUCCGUGAACCAAGCUCAGAUCAUCCACCGGCCCCCAGCAGCAUCCACACGCAAAAUGUCCCUGGUCCCCCAGGGGAACCUCAGCGAAAUGGACAUAUAUUCCAGGCGUUUAUCUCAAGAUAGUGGCUUGGAAAUAAGUGAAGAUAUUAAUGAAGAAGAUUUAAAGGAGUGCUUUUUUGAUGAUGUGGAGCGCAUACCAGCAGUGACUACAUGGAACACAUACCUUAGAUAUGUUACGGUCCACAAGAGCUUAGUUUUUGUGCUAAUUUGGUGCUUCGUUAUCUUUCUGGCUGAGGUGGCUGUCUCUUUGGUUGUGUUGUGGAUUCUUAGAAAACAAUCUACUCCAGACAAAGGGAAUAGCACUGCAAGUACAAAUAACAGCUCUCCAGUGAUCAUCACCAAAACCAGCGAAUUUUAUGUUUUUUACAUUUAUGUGGGAGUAGCAGACACUUUGCUUGCUCUGGGAUUCUUCCGAGGUUUACCACUAGUGCAUUCUCUAAUCACAGUGUCAAAAAAUUUACACCACAAAAUGUUACAUUCUGUUCUUCAUGCACCUAUGUCCACCCUCAACACGUUGAAAGCAGGUGGAAUUCUUAAUAGAUUUUCCAAAGAUAUAGCAAUUUUGGAUGAUCUUCUGCCUCUUACCAUAUUUGACUUCAUCCAGCUGGUAUUAAUUGUGAUUGGAGCUGUAGCGGUGGUCUCAGUUUUAGAGCCCUACAUCCUCUUAGCAACAGUGCCAGUGAUCGCUGCUUUUGUUUUAUUGAGAGCCUACUUUCUCCACACCUCCCAGCAACUCAAGCAACUGGAAUCUGAAGGCAGGAGUCCCAUUUUCACUCACCUGGUUACAAGCUUGAAAGGACUAUGGACGCUUCGUGCCUUUGGACGUCAGCCUUACUUUGAAAUACUGUUCCACAAAGCUCUGAAUUUACAUACUGCCAACUGGUUCUUGUACCUGUCAACCCUACGCUGGUUCCAAAUGAGAAUAGAAAUGAUUUUUGUCAUCUUCUUCAUUGCUGUUACCUUCAUUUCCAUUUUAACAACAGGUGACGGAGAAGGAACAGUGGGUAUCGUGCUGACAUUAGCCAUGAAUAUCAUGAGUACACUGCAGUGGGCUGUGAACUCCAGCAUAGAUGUGGAUAGUUUGAUGCGAUCCGUGAGCCGAGUCUUUAAAUUUAUAGACAUGCAAACAGAAGAAAGUAUAUCCACCAAAUCAAGAAAACUAUCCAAGGAUGGACAACUCUCAAAAGUGAUGAUUAUUGAGAAUCAGCAUGCAAAGAAAGAUGGCAUCUGGCCCUCAGGCGGCCAAAUGAUUGUCAAAGACCUCACAGCAAAAUACAUAGACAGUGGGAAUGCCAUCUUAGAGAACAUUUCCUUCUCCAUAAGUCCUGGCCAGAGGGUGGGCCUCUUGGGAAGAACUGGAUCAGGGAAGAGUACUUUGUUAUCAGCUUUUUUGAGACUGCUGAACACCGAAGGAGAAAUCCAAAUAGAUGGUGUGUCUUGGGAUUCAAUAACUUUGCAACAGUGGAGAAAAGCCUUUGGAGUUAUGCCACAGAAAGUAUUUAUCUUCUCUGGAACAUUUAGAAAAAACUUGGAUCCCUAUGAACAGUGGAAUGAUCAAGAAAUAUGGAAAGUUGCAGAUCAGGUUGGACUCAAAUCUGUGAUAGAGCAAUUUCCUGGGAAGCUUGAUUUCAUCCUUUUGGAUGGGGGUUUUGUCCUAAGCCAUGGCCACAAGCAGUUGAUGUGUUUGGCCAGGUCUGUUCUUAGUAAGGCGAAGAUCUUGCUGCUGGAUGAACCCAGUGCUCAUCUGGAUCCAAUAACAUAUCAAAUCAUUCGAAGAACCCUAAAACAAGCAUUUGCUAAUUGCACAGUGAUCCUCUGUGAACACAGGAUAGAAGCAAUGUUGGAAUGUCAACGAUUUUUGGUCAUCGAGGAGAACCAGGUGCGGCAGUACGACUCCAUCCAGAGGCUGCUGAGCGAGAAGAGCCUCUUCCAGCAGGCCAUGAGCGCCUCGGACCGCCUGAAGCUCCUGCCCCACCGCAACUCCAGCAAGCACAAGCCUCGGACCCAAAUCACCGCUCUGCAGGAGGAGACAGAGGAGGAGGUGCAGGAAACCAGGCUGUAG